AUUUCCACCGCUUUUUAUCCCAGGGAAAAAAAAAAGAAUUUCUCACAAACCGAUCCAUUUCUUCAUAAUUUCCCCAAAUUUCUCUCCUAACCCUAAUCAACUUCUGAAUUCCCAAAUUUCGAACCACCAACACCGAGCCUCCUCAAGAAGACAAAACUGAACCCGAACCUGCUGCCGAAGCAACAGAAGAAACCACUAAAGCUAAGAAAACCAAGGAGCCCAAACCUAAGAAGGCUUCCAAGCCUAGAAGCCCACCGUCUCAUCCUCCUUACCAAGAGAUGAUCAAGGACGCUAUUGUUACGUUGAAGGAGAAAAACGGUUCGAGCCAAUACGCGAUUCAGAAGUUUCUCGAAGAAAAGCAUAAGCAGUUUCCAUCGAACUUCAGGAAGCUUCUUUUGUCCAAUUUGAAGAAGCUCGUAGCUUCUGGAAAGCUCGUUAAGGUUAAAGGUUCCUUCAAGCUUCCGGCGACAAAGGCGCCCGCAUCAUCAGCGCCUUCGCAGGCAAAGAAGCCCGCGGCUACGAAGACCAAGACUAAGACUAAGACCAAACCCAAGCCCAAGCCCGCUGUCAAGGUGAAGGCAACAAAAGCAAAGACAACCAAGACUAAAUCGGUGAAAUCAGUUUCAGCUAAGUCUAAGCCCAAGCCCGCUCCAAAGCCCAAGGCUGUGGCGAAGCCUAAAGCAGCUGCAGCAGCGAAGCCCAAGGCUGCUGCAGCUAAGACCAAAGCAAAGCCCAAGGCAGCUGCUAAGCCACCGGCAAAAGUGUCGAGGAUGUCGACUAGGGCUUCGCCAGGAAAGAAGGCUGCACCUGCCGCAAAGCCUGCAGCAAAGAAGGUUGCGGCAGCAAAGAAGAGCGUGAAGCCCAAGAGCGUAAGGUCUCCGGCGAAGAGGGCUUCGGUGAAGAGGGGUGGAAGGAAGUGAAAUAGAUAUAUAGAUAGAUGAGGAAGCCCUAGUGGGCUUUUUGUUUUUCUCUCUGUUGUGUAAUCUUUAGUUUUUGUAAAUGUUUUUUUAAAAUCUUAAUAGUUGAGGUAUCCUGUUUACAACUUUAUUAACAAAUCAAUAAUAAUAGUAUUAAUCUCGUUUAAAUA